UUAACAAGCCUGUUAAAAAAAAGUUUACUCGCGCGUGUUCUGUCCUUCAAGUUUCACUUGGACGACUGUCUUCUCGUUUGUCAAUCUUCAAAUGAUUGUGAAACUGGUCAAAAAAGAAAGGUCGAAUAACACCCAACGCCUAACAGUAACACACUAGUUUGUCAUCCACGAUGUCCAAUCCACCGGCCAAUCUCUUCGGUGCCCAACCUUCCACAGGAGGAGCAGGAGGGGGCUUUUCAUUUGGGGGCACCCCCGCUGCAGCCCCCGGUGGUUUCUCCUUUGGAGCUGCACCCACUGCUAACACUACGGCAGCGGCAGGUACCACUGCCGCUGCGGGGGCCGGUACGGGUGGAUUCUCAUUCGGAGGGUCAUCAGGCUUUAAAGCUGGUGCUCCGGCAACUACAGCAGGUGUGGCGGGUGGUUUUAGCUUCGGGGGCGCGGCCCAGCCCUCGGCGACGCUCGGUUCCACGCCCGCAGCUACUGGAUUUGGAUUAGGUGCCCCUGCUAAACCCACAGGUGGAUUGGGUUUUGGGUCACAGCCAGUUGCUGCAGUCGCACCAAACACGACUGCAGCAGCUGCACCUGCAGCUGGCUUUGGACUCGGUGCCGCCAGCAGCAAGCCAGCAGGUCAGGGGUUCUCUUUCGGAGGUGGGGCAGCCACACCAGCAUCCAGUGGGGUUAGUUUUGGCGGAACAACGGCACCCAGUAGUCUGGGGUUUGGAGGGACACUCGGCGGUCAAGCACCGGGUGCGGGUGGAUUCAGCCUGGGCACCAUCCAACCAGGAACGGGAGGAAAUGUGCUAAAUCUGAAUACCUCAGCAACCACGGCAGCAACCACUGCCAGUCUCAACCUAGGUCUGGGUGCUAAACCACUCAGCUUCGGUACUCCAGUCGCAACAGCAACACCAACCAGCGCCACCGCUGCUGCCACUUCAGCAGGACAAGUGUUGGGUUUCGGGGCUAAGCCCGCGACGACAGCGUCCCUAGGGCUCGGUGGGGGUGCCUCACUUGGGCUCGGAGGGGGUGCCUCUCUCGGGCUCGGUGGGGGUACCUCUCUCGGGCUCGGUGGGGGUACCUCUCUCGGGCUCGGUGGCGGUGCCUCUCUUGGUUUCGGUGCCACACCCACCACUGCUGGGGCGACCGCCGCAGGGCAGGGGAUUUCCUUCGGGGGCAAGCCGGUAACUUCAGCCGCAUCUCUCGGAAUGGGGACGGCUGCAAAGUCUCUCGGAUUUGCCACACCAACAUCAGCUGGAAUGGGCUUGGGCCUAGGUGCAGCUGGGAAGCCGACAGAAGGGCUCAGCACACUACUGGGUAAACCAACGACGACUGCAGCUGCCAGCGCCGCAGGGACUGGACUAUCACUCAGUAUCCCAUCAGCCACCAGUACAGCUGCAACAGCAAAGAGCACGACUGGCCUCUCACUCGGUGGAUUGGGUGCUACUACUACAGCAGCCAAACCAGGAGCAACUACUGGGACUGCCGCCCCAACGACCCACGGCCCCACCAUGAGCUACCAUCAACUAGAGCAGAACAUCAACAAGUGGACGGUAAAUCUUGAAGAUCAAGAGUCCAUCUUCCUCAAACAGGCAACGCAGGUCAACGCCUGGGACAGAAUGCUCAUGGAAAACGGAGAAACGAUCACAGUGUUGCACAGCGACCUGGAAAAAGUGAAAACAGACCAACAAAGACUUGAGCAUGAGCUAGACUUCAUCAUGUCCCAGCAGAGAGAGCUUGAAGACAUGCUGGUACCCCUGGAGGAAGGAGUCCGUAACCAACAGCAUGGAUCCGUCUUCUCGCAGCACGCCGACUUGGAACGAGAGAGGACGUAUCAGCUCGCUGAGAACAUAGAUGGACAGCUGAAGAGGAUGGUUCAAGAUCUCCGAGAAAUCAUCGAACAUCUUAACACGGCCAACGCUCCCCAAGACACCAGCGACCCUAUUACACAGAUUGGCAAGAUAUUAAAUGCACACAUGGACUCCCUCCAGUGGAUCGACCAAAACACAGUUAUGCUUCAACGGAAAGUGGACGAGGUCACGAAACAGAGCGAAAUAGUCCGGAGGGACCAAGAGAAGAAUGUCCAUCUUGCGUUCGACUGACAGCGCCCUCAAUGGCCAACUUUUGUAGUAAAUUAAUUUACAAGAAUCCUGCACAUAUUCAUCAACAUACCGCACCAUGUUUAGUUAUGGCCUCUGGAAUUCUAUUUGAGGAAAUUGUCUGAUUUUAUGGUAAUGCAGGCACAGAUAACAACUGCUUUUCAUUGGAACAGGCAUAACAAUCUGAUCAGUCUAAACAGUUGCGUUUUAGUCGUCAUACAGUGGAGUAUUUU